GAACACACCCAGUGACAUGAGGGAGGUCUGAAGGAGCAGAGAAAGUCUCGAACUGCUCAGAGGAGGACCGAGCGGUCCAGCCAGCGUCCCUGUCCGUGCCACGGCUGUCCGUCCCGGCGCAGAGGAGUGAACCAGGACCGUGGAGCUCAUUUUCUGUUUGUUUUCUGAAAGUUCACUUUGUUGUGAGGAGCUGAGUGUGAAGAGGAGCAGAGGAGGAGGAUGUCAACUUCAGAUGAGACCGACGGGCCGCGGCCCAGAUAUGGCUCUGUCCUGGACGGCGUGGAGCGACUCACGGCGGAGGAGAUGGACGAGCGGCGGCAGCAGAAUAUGGCCUACGAGUAUCUGUGUCACCUGGAGGAGGCCAAAAGAUGGAUGGAGGCCUGCCUGAAUGAGGAGUUGCCCCCAACGACAGAGCUGGAGGAGGGCUUGAGGAAUGGAGUCUAUCUGGCCAAACUGGCCAACUUCUUUGCCUCGCAGACGGUUUCCCUGAAGAAGAUCUACGAUCGUGAGCAGACGAGAUACAAGGCGACGGGUCUCCAUUUCAGACACACAGACAAUGUCAUCCAGUGGCUCAAUGCCAUGGCAGAGAAGGGGCUGCCGAAGAUCUUCUACCCCGAAACCACCGACAUCUAUGACAGAAAGAACAUGCCACGCUGCAUCUACUGCAUACAUGCCCUCAGCCUGUACUUGUUCAAGUUGGGUUUGGCCCCUCAGAUCCAGGAUCUGUAUGGAAAAGUUGACUUCACCGAGGAUGAGAUCAACAACAUGAAGAGUGAGCUGGAGAAGUAUGGGAUCCAGAUGCCCGCCUUCAGCAAGAUUGGAGGCAUCCUGGCCAAUGAACUUUCAGUGGAUGAAGCUGCCUUGCACGCUGCUGUGAUUGCCAUCAACGAGGCCAUCGAUCAGGGGGUACCAGAGGGCACGCUGGCCGCUAUGCAAAAUCCAAAUGCCAUGCUCGUCACCCUGGACCCCAGCUCCGCCCAGCAGUACCACGACACCCUUUACCGGGCCAAGGGGGAGAAGGUGGCCAGCUCGCGUAAACGGCAACUGGAGAACACGGACGCAGAGAGCGAUAUCUACGACGAGCUGCUCACCCAGGCUGAGAUCCAGGGCAACGUCAACACGGUCAAUGUGAGCAACGCCCUGAGCGCAGCCGAGCAGGCUCUGGUGGAUGGAGAUGAGGAGAAGCUGUACUCGGCCCUGAAGGCCGUCGGCGUUCAGAACCUGCAGCCUCAAAACAAAGGCUGGUACCUCAAACAGCUGCAGGGCGAGCGGGAGAGCAAGGAGCAGACCUCUCCAGGAGAAGCUUUAACGAAAGACGAGCUGCAGAGCGGCGUGGACGUGGCCAACGAAAUAGCAGAAGGCUACAGGAAGAUGUUGAAGGCCGUGGAGCGAAUCAACGCUGCCAUCAGAGCAGGCGUGCCCGAGAAGACUGUGGAGGAGCUGAUGAACCCCGACGCUCAGCUGCCCGAGGUCUACCCGAGCGCCGCAGACCUCUAUCAGAGAGAGCUGGCAUGUCUGCAGCAGCAGAGCCAGGAGGGCAACCUGAACCACCCUGAACUGCUGGUUGCUGUGGAAAUGCUGUCCUCCGUGGUUCUGAUGAACCAGGCCAUGGACGUUGGGGACCGGGCCGCCCUGUGGAAACAGCUGUCCAGCUCUGUGACCGGCCUGAGCAACGUGGAGGACGAGUACGCUCAGAGGUACAUGGACGAACUGAUGCGUCUGAAAGCUGCAGCCCGAGAGGAAGGGAACGACUUCCUGACCUGGAACGACAUCCAGGCCUGCAUCGACCAAGUGAACCUGGCCGUGCACGAGGAGCACGAACGAAUUGCAGCCAUUGGCCGGAUCAACGAGGCCCUGGAUGAAGGGGAUCCCAUGAAGACCCUGGAAAUGCUGCAGAACCCUGCAGCCAAGCUGACAGACGUGGACCCGCCCGUGGCUCAGCACUACCACGACAUUCUGCUGGAGACCCGCAGAGAGAAGGCCCAUGAGACGCAGGACCCCUCAGCUGUGUUGUGGCUGGACGAGAUCCAGGAUGCCAUUUUAAGGGCCAACCAGAAUACAAAGGACGCCUUACAGUUCUCUCAGUCCAUCCAGGCCAUCAACGAGGCGGUGGACGGUGAAGAUGCAGCUCAGACUCUGGCUGCUCUGCGUAAUCCUGGAGCAGGACUUUAUGGCAUCACCUCGGAGUGUGCGCAGACCUACCAGGGCGACCUGGCCAAAGUUAAAGAGGAGAAGAAGAAAGAAGGUGAUAAUGGCAGUGACUGGGUGCAACACUGGGUGAAAGGAGGACACAAAUAUUUCUACAACCUGCAGACCAAGGAGGGCACAUGGGAGCAACCAGAAGGCUUUGUACAAAACAACACCCAGCUCAACAAGGAGGACAUCCAGGGGGUGGUUUCUGGGGUGACCACAGCUUACAACCGGGAGCAGCUCUGGCUGGCCAAUGAGACUCUAAUCACCAAGCUCCAGGCGCGUUGCCAUGGUUACCUGGUGAGAAAAGGCCUGAAGGAGCGCAUGAACUUCCUGAAAUCUCAAGACCCAGCAGUUACGUGCAUACAGGCCCACUGGAAAGGCUACAAACAGAGGAAGGACUUCAAAGAGCGUAAGGAGUAUCUGGAAGAUCACACCGACGAGGCUGUGAAGAUCCAGUCCAUGGUUCGCAUGCAUCAGGCUCGUAAGAAGUACAGAGAUCGUCUCCAGUACUUCAGAGAUCACAUCAAUGAUGUGGUGAAGAUUCAGGCGUUCAUUCGAGCCAACAAGGCGAGGGAUGACUACAAGACUCUGAUCAACGCUGAGGAUCCACCGAUGGCGGUGGUGAGGAAGUUUGUCCACCUGCUGGACCACAGCGACCAGGACUUCCAGGAGGAGCUGGAGCUGAUGAGGCUGCGUGAGGAGGUGGUCACCAACAUCCGCUCCAACCAGCAGCUGGAGAACGACCUGAACCUGAUGGACAUCAAGAUCGGCCUGCUGGUGAAGAACAAGAUCACUCUGCAGGACGUGGUGUCCCACAGCAAGAAGCUGACCAAGAAGAACAAGAGCCAGCUGUCGGACAUGAUGAUGAUGAACAAGCAGAGGGGGGGCCUGAAGGCUCUCAGCAAGGAGAAAAGGGUCAAGCUGGAGGCCUACCAGCACCUGUUUUACCUUUUACAGACCAACCCGACAUAUCUCGCCAAGCUGAUCUUCCAGAUGCCCCAGAAUAAAUCCACAAAGUUCAUGGACUCCGUCAUCUUCACUCUGUACAACUACGCCUCAAACCAGAGAGAGGAGUACCUCCUCCUCAGGCUGUUCAAGACGGCUCUGCAAGAGGAGAUCAAGUCCAAAGUGGACCAGAUGAAGGAGAUCGUCACAGGAAACCCAACAGUGAUCAAGAUGGUGGUGAGCUUCCACAGAGGUGCGCGGGGACAGAACGCCCUGAGGCAGAUCCUGGCACCGGUCGUCAAGGAGAUCAUGGAGGACAAAACGCUAAACAUUAAGACCGACCCGGUGGACAUCUACAAGGCCUGGGUGAACCAGAUGGAGACGCAGACGGGAGAGGCCAGUAAGCUGCCCUAUGAUGUCACUCCAGAACAAGCUAUGGCCCACGAGGAGGUGAGGGCCAGACUGGAGGCGUCCAUCAAGAACACCAAGAACAUCACCGACAAAUUCCUGUCUGCAAUCAUCGUCUCAGUGGACACGAUUCCAUAUGGAAUGCGGUUUAUCUCCAAGGUUCUGAAGGACACUCUACACGAGAAGUUCCCAGAUUCUACAGAAGAUGAGCUACUCAAGAUUGUGGGGAACCUUUUGUAUUACCGCUACAUGAACCCUGCCAUUGUGGCGCCGGACGCCUUCGACAUCAUCGAGAUGUCCGCUGGCGGUCAGCUGACCACCGAGCAGCGCAGAAACCUGGGCUCUGUGGCUAAGAUGCUGCAACACGCUGCAUCCAAUAAGAUGUUCCUGGGAGACAACGCACACCUGAACCCCAUCAACGAGUACCUGACUGCCUCCUACCAGAAGUUCAGACGUUUCUUCCUGGCAGCUUGUGACGUUCCCCCACUGGAAGAUAAGUUCAACGUGGAUCAGUACUCUGACCUGGUCACCGUCACCAAACCUGUCAUCUACAUCUCCAUCGGAGAGAUCAUCAACACCCACACUCUGCUGCUGGACCACCAGGACGCCAUUGCUCCAGAGCACAACGACCCCAUCCAUGAGCUGCUUGAGGACCUGGGUGAAGUUCCCACUGUGGAGUCUCUCAUUGGGGAGAAUCCUCUUCCUCCUGAUGACCCCAACAAGGAGCUGAUGGGGAAGACGGAGGUCUCCCUCACACUCACCAACAAGUUCGAUGUUCCUGGGGAGGCCAAUGCUGAGAUGGACGCCAGGACCCUCCUGCUCAACACCAAGAGACUCAUCGUGGAUGUGAUCCGGUUCCAGCCUGGAGAGACCCUGACGGAGAUCCUGGAUUUGACAGCCAGUCCAGAACAGGAAGCAGAGUAUCAGCGGGCCAUGCAGCGGAGGGCCAUCAGAGACGCAAAGACUCCAGAGAAGAUGAAGCAGGUCAAACCGGUGGUGGACGACAGCCUGACUCUGCAGGGCAAGAAGGACAAGAUCAAGAGUAACCUGCAGAGGCUGGCGGAGCUGGGGAAGGUCCACCCUGAGAACCGCUACCAGGACCUGAUCAACGACAUCGCCAAGGACAUCAGGAACCAGAGACGGUAUCGGCAGCGCAGGAAGGCCGAGCUGGUGAAGCUUCAACAGACCAACACAGGCUUGAACUCAAAGACCAGUUUUUACAACAUGCAGAUCGACUCCUACAACCAGUACAUCAAGACUUGCAUGGACAACCUGGCCAGCAAGGGCAAGUUGUCCAAGAAGCUCGGAGACAACAAGACCAAGAAGAGCAAACAGGUUUCCCAGAAAUACACGGCAGCCCGGCUCCAUGAGAAGGGGGUUCUGAUCUCCAUAGAUGAUCUGCAGCCCAACCAGUACAAGAACGUUAUUUUUGAGAUCUCUCCAUCGGAAGCUGUUGGAGUGUUUGAUGUGAAAGCCAAGCUCAUGGGUGUCCAUUUGGAGACGUUACAGUUAGAAUAUCAGGAUCUCCUGCAGCUGCAGUACGAAGGCGUGGCCGUCAUGAAGCUCUUCGACAGAGCCACCGUCAACGUCAACCUGCUGAUUUUCCUCCUCAACAAGAAGUUUUAUGGGAAAUAGUAAAAAGCCGAGGAGCAAAGGGCCACAGACAAUGGAUUUUAUCACAGAACUCGCCUCUGGGGGGGUUGUUGCUUUAAACCCCAGUGUACCUUCUCUGCUGUGCCUGUGCAGAUUUAUGUGCUUUUUUUUUAAUCCACGCCAUGUGCCUUACUGGUAAUGUGCAAGUUGUUCUGUAACUGCAGCUUGGUCACAAAUGUCUACUUUUAGCUGUCAGUCCUGCAGUUAUCAUGUGCAUGAGCUUUGAUGUAAAGACGUUGAUGUAUGUAGCUGUUAGUGAACCUCGUCCUGCUGAGCGUGUCCUCCGUGCUUCGCUCGUACGCUGGACGUGGUUUGAUCUCAGACUGAGCAAAUCAAAUGAUGCACUUCUUUUCUUCUCGUCCUCGAACUCUUUAGUUUAUAUGUUUAACUGAUGUUUACCCAUCAUCAAGAGAACUAGUUGUAUAUUUGAGUAGGAAAUCAGAUGCUGUAGUUAAACCUUUGUCUUUUUUAUGUUUCUUGAUCACGAGUCACGAAUGGAUUCAGUCUGUUGUCUCUAAACGGGCCUCCACCGGUCCAGAUGAUGGUUUGUCGUUACAGCCUGAAAAUGACCAGCAGCAUCUAUCAGUGCUCAACCAGGAUUUAAAUAAAUCUGCUCAUGUAGUCACUUUUCAUCCGACACAGAUUUGUCCUUAAGGUUGGAGACAACUGAACCAGAUGAUUGCAGAAGUCUCUUCAGGAGAACCACGACUGUAUUUGAGUUUUCCUCUCGUCUGCCUGAAAAUGCUUGGAGUUUGUCUUUAUUUAUAUUUGUCUCAGUCGGUGGUGAGCUCAUGUCAAAGCUGCGAUGGAUCGGGGGAGUUGGAGGCAUCAACCCUGGGGUCCGCCGGGUGUCGCUCUGCACCUUCCUGGGGUUUUGUUUUUCCUCUGAUUGAUUUUCUCAACUCCAGAUUUGACUCAGUCUCGUGAAGAAAAUGGAUUUUUGUUCAGUCUUGUUUAAUUAUUUUCAGAGGCCGGGGGUUGUUUGAAAGUGGCUCGUUGUGCUGUUGGUCUGAUUGAAUCCCAGAGGGUGGUGUGUAUUUGACUUUGUACCUGUUUUGGAAUAAAGAUUUGUCAAUUCA